AUGGCACCGAAAGGUGGAGCUUCAAGUUCACUAACUCCGCAACAAGCUCGGGCGGAGCACAAGUACGUUGUCACCAGAGAUUUCAUCUCUCAGCCUCGCCUCAGUUACAAGACGGUGUCUGGUGUCAACGGGCCCCUGGUCAUUUUGGAUGAUGUCAAGUUUCCCAAAUUCGCUGAAAUUGUUCAGCUUCAUCUGGCCGAUGGAACUACCAGAGCUGGUCAGGUUCUGGAAGUCUCUGGUUCUAAGGCUGUUGUCCAGGUCUUUGAAGGUACCUCGGGAGUAGAUGCCAAGAAUACAGUGUGCGAAUUCACUGGUGACAUCCUUCGCACUCCUGUAUCAGAGGAUAUGUUGGGUCGGGUGUUCAAUGGAAGUGGCAAGCCAAUCGACAAGGGCCCCAAUGUGCUGGCUGAGGACUAUUUGGAUAUCCAAGGUCAGCCCAUCAAUCCAUGGUCUCGAAUUUAUCCAGAGGAAAUGAUUCAGACUGGAAUCUCAGCUAUUGAUGGCAUGAAUUCCAUUGCCAGAGGCCAGAAAAUCCCCAUCUUUUCAGCUGCUGGCCUUCCUCAUAAUGAUAUUGCUGCUCAGAUCUGCCGACAAGCUGGCCUGGUCAAGCUUCCUGACAAGAGUGUAAUGGAUUCUCAUGAAGACAACUUUGCCAUUGUCUUUGCUGCUAUGGGUGUCAACAUGGAGACGGCUCGAUUUUUCAAGCAGGACUUUGAAGAAAAUGGUAGCAUGGAGAAUGUGUGUCUCUUCCUGAAUCUGGCUAAUGAUCCAACCAUUGAAAGAAUCAUUACACCACGUCUGGCUUUGACUGCUGCAGAAUUCAUGGCCUACCAAUGUGAGAAGCACGUGCUCGUCAUUCUUACUGAUAUGAGUUCUUAUGCUGAAGCUCUUCGAGAGGUAUCUGCUGCCCGAGAGGAAGUUCCAGGGCGACGAGGUUUCCCAGGCUACAUGUACACAGAUUUGGCCACAAUCUAUGAACGAGCUGGACGAGUUGCUGGACGCAGUGGCUCAAUUACUCAAAUCCCCAUUCUCACUAUGCCUAAUGAUGACAUCACUCACCCCAUUCCUGAUCUCACAGGAUACAUCACUGAGGGACAGAUCUACGUUGACCGACAGUUGCAUAAUCGACAGAUCUAUCCUCCUAUCAAUGUGCUUCCAUCUCUCAGCAGAUUGAUGAAGUCUGCCAUUGGAGAAGGCAUGACAAGAAAGGAUCAUGCUGAUGUGUCCAACCAAUUGUAUGCUUGCUAUGCUAUUGGGAAAGAUGUUCAAGCCAUGAAGGCUGUUGUUGGAGAAGAGGCCCUGACCCCUGACGAUCUUCUCUACUUGGAGUUCCUGGGCAAGUUUGAGAAAAGCUUCAUUGCACAAGGAAACUACGAGAACCGUACGGCAUUCGAGACAUUGGACAUCGGCUGGCAACUUCUGCGAAUCUUCCCAAAGGAGAUGCUAAAGAGAAUCCCAGCUUCCCUCUUAGCCGAAUUCUACCCUCGAGAUUCCAGGCAUGGCCAGCAGUCCAAGGAAGCCAAAUGA